AUGAAUCUGGACAUCCGAGAACUGGAGGUGUUGGUCAAAGAGACUUCGAUUAAACUGAAUCUCGACCCCGAUUUGCCGGAACCGAUUACAUGCAAGAUUCGUGACAUCAAGCUGAACCUGGCCAAACGAUGUCGAACCGUGGAUGCCAUUCAAUUGUCCACAGAAUCUACAAUCCGAGUCUACGGGUUAAUCCGUCAAGUUCUCCAAGGUAAAGCCGCCCCGGGUAAUGUGGAACUACAAGCAGACUAUUGGGAAUUGAUUGGCAAAGGACCAGCCGGUGGUGUUGAGGAAGUAUGCAACGCGAAAAGUGAAGUGGAUGUGCUUUUGGACAAUCGACAUUUGACCAUUCGUUGGGAGAGGUAUUCAAAGAUCUUCCGAGCAGUGAGUAUUAUCUGUGGCGAAUGUCAUGGAUACUUCCGUGAUCAAGGUUACAUUGAGCUCCCCUUGCAAAAUAUGGCAUGCACGCGAAUAUCUCCUCAUUGCACAUUGUAUCGUGCUUCAUUUGUGUGUGUGUCCUAUACCACCAGUUCCAUCCACCUCGUCCCGUUUUCCGCCCAGGUUCAUCCACCCACGUUGGUACAAACACCGAUGGAGGAUUUAUCCGAAGUGUUCACAUUCCCGUAUUUCGGAGAAACUGCAUGCCUGUCACAGUCAGCUCAAUUAUACCUGGAAUCAUGCGUGCCGGCUUUUGGUGACUGCUAUUCGGUUACGCAUUGUUACAGAUCGGAAAAAAGUCGCACCAGGCGUCAUCUAGCGGAAUUUAUUCAAUUCGAGGCCGAAUUUGCUUUUAUCGAUCUGUCGGAAUUGAUAAACAAGAUCGAGAGCAUGAUUGUGGAUAUAUCGAAACGUGUCAUGGAUAAAGCGGGCGAUCUGAUCCAUGAAAUUAAUCCUAAAUUUGUCCCGCCUCAAAAGCCCUUCAAACGUGUUCGCUAUGACGAGGCACUCGACAUACUGAACCAAUGGGGAAUCACAAAAGACGACCUGACUCCGUUCUCAUUUGGGGAUCCUAUCACGGAGGGUGUGGAGCGCCGUCUGGUAGACCGGAUCGGUGAACCCGUCCUGUUGACACAUUUCCCAGUCACGUUCAAAGUAUUCUACAUGCAACACUCGGUCGAGGAUCCUCGAGUAACAGAUUCGGUCGACCUUCUCAUACCCGGAGUCGGAGAAGUUGUGGGCGGUUCAAUGCGUAUGACUGAUGCCGAAGGACUAUUAAAAGGCUACAAGGAACAAGGACUCGAUCCAUCUGUAUGCUAUUGGUACACAGACCUGGUGCGUGAUGUAGUGAUCUGUCCGACUCGCCGGUUCGGAACAUUCCCACACGGUGGCUACCGAUUGGGUUUCGAACGGUAUUGCAUGUGGGUACUCGGUCAAGAUCACAUACGGAAUGUAACCCUUUACCCACGUUUCACCUCGCGAUGUUUACCGUGA